AUGACAAAAUAUAUUUUCGUAACGGGUGGGGUUAUCUCAGGCAUUGGCAAAGGAAUCACGACGGCGUCCCUUGGCAGAUUGCUUAUCAACCGCGGGUUUAAAGUGAUUGUUGUCAAGAUCGAUCCGUAUCUCAAUGUGGAUGCAGGUGUGAUGAACCCAUUCCAACAUGGCGAGGUUUUCGUCACCCAUGAUGGCGCAGAAACCGAUCUGGAUAUAGGGAACUAUGAACGGUUUCUCGGCAUCGACCUGAAUAAGUAUUCUAACUUCACUACGGGUUCUGUCUAUAGUGAAGUGAUUGCGAAGGAGCGACGCGGGGACUACCUCGGUCAAACCGUGCAGCUGAUCCCACAUAUUACUGAUGAAAUCAAAGGCCGUAUUUAUCAAAUUGGGAAGGAUAACGAAGCCGAAAUCGUCAUUACGGAGAUAGGCGGAACGAUUGGUGACUUUGAGAUGCCACCUUUCGUUGAAGCCAUCCGCCAGAUGGCUGUUGAGGUCGGACGCGAGAACACAAUGUUCCUCCAUGUUUCUCUCAUUUAUACCUUACCUAAUGGCGAAAGCAAGAGCAAACCGACACAGCAUAGCAUCCGUAAACUUCAAGAGUUGGGGGUCCAGCCAGAUUUGUUGUUGUGUCGUAGUAGCGAGUCGCUGGAUGAGGCAUUUCGCCAGAAAAUCGCGCUCCUCUGUGGUAUUAGUGAAAAUUAUAUUUUUGAGGGGUUAGACACAAAAUGCGUAGAUGAAAUCCCCCUUAAUUUUGAGAGACAAGGCAUGGGGCAUCUCGUUUUAAAGAGACUCGGACUUGAAGCACGCCCACCAAUGGAUGCUGAAUGGGGCGCAAUGGUUGAAAAACUCAAAAAUCCGAAGCAGAAAGCUCGAAUCGCUAUUGUUGGAAAAUACACAACCGGCAGCGACGCGUAUAUUAGUGUACAGGAAGCACUCAAGCAUGGCGGGAUUGCUAACGAAGCCGCUGUUGAAAUUGAGUGGAUAGAAGCGGAAUCGCUUACAGAACAUCCGGACCUUGAGAGUGUUUUUCAGAACGCCGACGGGAUACUGGUUCCAGGCGGGUUCGGCUAUCGUGGGAUUGAAGGGAUGCUGGUGGCUGCGCGAUACGCCCGUGAAAAUAAGAUACCGUAUUUGGGAUUAUGCCUUGGAAUGCAGUGUUUGGUGAUUGAGUUUGCUCGACACGUUGCGAAACUAAAAAAUGCAAACAGCACGGAAGUAGAUGAAGAAACGCCUUACCCUAUUAUAGAUUUAAUGCAUGACCAGCGCGCGGUAGCUGACUUCGGCGCAACAAUGCGACUUGGGCAUUAUCCGUGUGUCCUCAAAGAGAAUACCAAAAGUUAUAUCGCCUAUCAACAACCUAUUAUCGUAGAGCGCCACCGUCACCGUUAUGAAUUGAAUAACCAACAUCGAUCGCAAUUAGAAUCGGCGGGUCUCUGUUUUAGUGGACUGUCGCCGGAUGAGAGCCUCGUCGAAAUUGCUGAGGUGACCGAGCAUCCGUGGAUGGUAGGUUCACAAUUUCACCCUGAAUUUCAAUCCAAACCGCUUGCGCCACAUCCGCUUUUCCGGGAUUUUAUCGCGGCGGUACUCUCCCACCAAUGCAAAGUUAAUCAUCCUGAAGAGGAAUAA